AAAUCAAACACUAUAUUGGGCCGUUAAAUGCUCUAUGAAUGCCCCUAUUUACCAAUUCAACCACACCCUUAUUUUAAUAAAUAAUAACCCCCUCAAUCUCAACUCCUCUUUGUUGUGCAUAAUCACAUCCGCCGCAACCGAAAUCAAAGAUGUACGGAACAAUGUCCGCUGAGAUGACGGUUGAUGUACCGGCAACCGAAGCGUGGAAGCUCUACGGCACUCUACAGCUCCCCAAAGUGGCGGAGGAAGCCAACUCCGACUUUAUCAGCCGGGUCGACGUCGUCCAAGGGGACAGCGGCGCCAGAACCAUUUUCGAGGUCGUUUUCCGUCCAGGGAUGGGAGGGGGAAUGAAGUCGUUCAAGGAGAAAUUCAUGGUGGUGGAUAACGAGAAGCGUGUGAAGGAGGCAGAGGUUGUGGAAGGUGGAUUUCUGGAUCUAGGGUUCACGCUGUAUCGUAUGAGAUUCAAUGUGAUAGAGGUGGAGGGAAACGAGAAGCAAUGUAUAACUCGAUCUACGAUCGAGUACGAGCUCAAAGAAGAAGCUGCAGCGAAUGUUGAAAUCGCUUCCAUUAAACCAUUCACUGGUCUCACGCUGUAUCCAUGA